AUGGACAUACGAACAGAGCAGAAGAAUUACUACAACAUCAUUAGAAAGCAUCAGGUAGCGAACACUCAGAGAAACCCCAUUAAAUGUGGAGGACUUUCUGUUACUGAAGUGACUGGAAACUUAGUAACACAAUACCCCUCUGAAGAACGUUUUGGCUUCAUCUAUGCAGCAUUCAUUAUGCCCAUUUUCUGGCAGCCGCACUCCAAAGUUGCUGUCCUGGUCCAUGCAGCUCUGGCGAAGACCCUGACUCCAAGAGUGUUCGCCUUUGACACUGACUUAAGCUGUUCAGGAAAUUCAAGCAUCAUUCACUUUGGGUUUCAAAGAGAACUUAGUAAUCACCGCACAUCUGUUCCCAUCAUGGGGGUCAAGCAUAACUUGAAUUUUCUCAAGAUUGAGUUAUGCCAUGGUGGCUCAAGUCCUUUCUUUCCUUGUCUGCCGCUGGCCUUUGUGCAAUUGCUGAGGCUUCCCAUGCUGGCCCUUGCCCGGCCGCUCAGAACUGCUUUGUGCCUCAUGGGAACCCGGAAAAAUCCUGAAGCUGCAAAACCAGCCUCAGUGCUUGCUCAGGUACCAGGGAGGGUCACACAUUUCUACCGCCAGUAUAGUGAUACACCUCCUCCGAUGUUAGAGGGGACCAAGGACCGAGUUCUUUAUGCCUUGAAACUCUAUGACAAGUUUGACCCUGAAAAGCUCUCAAUCAAUUCCCAUUUCAUGAAAGACCUGAGCUUAGAUAGUUUGGAACAAGUGGAGGUUAUUAUAGCCAUGGAAGACGAGUUUGGAUUUGAAAAUCCUGAUAUAGAUGCAGAAAAGUUAAUGUGUCCGCAAGAAAUUGUAGGUUAUAUUACAUAUAGGAAGGAUGUAUAUGAAUAA